GGCUGGAGUAGAGAAGUAUUCUAACCCCUAAUUCUAAUAUUCGACUGAUGAGUUGCAGCGCCGCAGGGACUGAAACUCGAGACCGUCACUCGCCCUAAUUUUCAAAUCUCCGCAUUGGUAUCGGAAUUGCGGUGAUUAAUUUGUAUUUCAAACGGUUGUUUUGCUAACUUCUAUCUGUUUACGGCUUCAUCUUCUCCGUUCACUACGCGCGUCCAUUCUAGUUUCCAGCAGAGGAGCAGAGCUGCAACCAUGGAACCUACAAGCAAAGAUCUACUGCACUUAGAGCAUAAGAAUUCUUCCUCUUUACCUCUUGAAUCAACCCUUCUUGUUUGUAAUAAGAAAAAUUCAAUUUCACGGUCCAAUAAACCAGUCUCUGAUAACAGGCCAACCAUCUCUUCCGUUCCCAAAAGUCAAGUUCUUGAUAGAGUAAAAGAUUUCUUGGGAGUUAUGAAGGAAGCUAAUAGAAGGCUGGAACUUGGUGCAAAGGAUAACUCUGAGGCCUAUGACAUUGAAGUGCUUUCUGGAACUGAAUCUGGAGUCAUUGAAAUGGAUUUGAUGCUGGGUGUAGCUGAUCUUCAUACCCCUGAGGCUGUGGCUGCUGCAGAAUCAGCAAUAGCUGAUUCUCAUCCAGUGAUUUCUUUCCCUGCUUGCAGUAGUGAAACGGAAUCAGAUGAUAGCAGUGAUGAUAAUGACGACUGUGAGGACAGUGAUAAUGAUGGUGGUGGAAACAGUAAAGAGAGGGGUUCACCUGCGAAUGGCAAAAGCGUGCUGGCAGGCGAAGUUGAUUCCUCGAAAAAAGCUGCAGGAGACAGACGGUCGAAAAAGCGGCCGAAGAUUGUCGAACUCUCAUGAAACCGAUUUAGUUGAAGAGUUAGUUAGGAAAUCCAGUUUUGGUUGAAAAUAAAAAAAUGUUUGGAGAAAAUGAGUAUCCAUGGUAUCAUUAACAAAUUGUGAGAUGUUAGACACGUAACAAGAAAUGAAUUAUUUUCUUAUGGUGGUGUUUUUUUCCUGUGUGUAUUGUGUUAUUUCUACUACGCCUGGGAGGCAUGGUGCCUCUGCAGUAUGUUGUUUGCUAAUUUUAAACAACUGCAAGAGUCAAGAUUGUAAAGGGCUUAAUUAUAACUCUGGUCUUCAUUUGAGAUACUGAGCGAAAUAUAUAAUACUUCCCAUAAACUUUACAACGACAACAA